CGAUUGUUUGGGGACAGACUGAUUUUGAAUAGGGAAGAUGGCAACCGCGGCAGUGGUUGAGUUUCAGAGAGCUCAGUCUCUCAUUAGUACGGACCGAAAUGCCUCUAUCGAUAUUUUACACUCUAUAGUGAGGCGAGAUGUCCAACAGGAUGAUGAGGAGGCGGUCAAAGUUAAGGAGCAAAGCAUUCUUGAGCUGGGCAACCUCCUGGCCAAGACUGGUCAGGCUGCAGAGCUUGGUGGGCUGCUGAAGUUCGUGAGGCCCUUCCUCAUCUCCAUCAGUAAGGCCAAGGCUGCCCGACUAGUGCGCUCCCUUCUGGACCUCUUCCUGGACAUGGAGGCUGCAACAGGGCAGGAAGUGGAGCUCUGCCUGGAGUGCAUUGAUUGGGCCAAGGCUGAGAAGAGGACCUUCCUCAGACAGGCCUUGGAGGCUCGGCUGGUCUCGCUGUAUUUGGACACCAAACGGUAUCAGGAAGCUCUGACCCUUGGUACUCAGCUGCUGCAGGAGCUCAAAAAGAUGGAUGACAAGGCUCUGCUGGUGGAGGUGCAGCUGCUCGAGAGCAAGACCUACCAUGCACUCACUAACCUACCCAAGGCCCGGGCUGCACUCACCUCUGCCAGAACCACGGCUAAUGCCAUCUACUGCCCACCCAAGCUUCAGGCAGCUCUGGACAUGCAGUCAGGAAUCAUCCACGCAGCUGAGGAGAAGGACUGGAAGACGGCCUACUCCUACUUCUUCGAGGCCUUUGAGGGUUAUGACUCCAUCGACAGCCCCAAGGCCGUCACUGCACUGAAAUACAUGCUCCUCUGCAAGAUCAUGCUCAGCCAGCCAGAAGAUGUUCAGAACUUGACUAGUGGGAAACUGGCACUGCGGCAUGCCGGGAAAGAAACAGAUGCAAUGAAAAGUGUAGCACAAGCCAGCAAGAACAGAUCAUUAGCUGACUUUGAAAAGGCUCUGACAGAAUACAAAGCAGAGCUGAGGGACGACCCCAUUAUCAACACGCAUCUGAAUAAGCUGUAUGACAAGCUGCUGGAGCAGAACCUCAUCAGGGACAUUGAGCCUUUCUCCAGAGUACAGAUCACACACAUAUCUUCACUCAUCAAACUCUCAAAGGGGGAUGUGGAGAGGAAACUAUCACAAAUGAUUCUGGAUGAGAAAUUUCAUGGUAUUCUGGACCAAGGUGAAGGGGUUCUUAUCAUAUUUGAUGAGCCUCCAGUGGACAAGACCUACGAGGCAGCCUUGGAAACCAUUCAUAACAUGAGCAAAGUGGUUGAUUCACUUUACAACAAAGCAAAGAAGCUGACAUAGGACCAAUGUCCAGACCGCAGCUAAGAGGGACAGUGUGUGUGUGUGUGUGUGUGUGUGUGUGUGUGUACAUGUGCGUGCGUGUGUGUGUGUGUGGCCAACACGUGGAACCUUUUUUUGCGGGGAGGAAGGACAACGACAAGCAGCAUUCGGAAACUGCAAUGGGAGUCCCCCCCCACCUGAGAGUUUUUAACAUCUCCUCCAAUGGACUUCAACAAAUUAUACAUCCGUUUCUUUCCUUUACCCUUUUUUUCCGCUCAGUGUUCUCUUUCAGUGUAUCUCAACGGCCGCCUCAGGCCAUCAGGGAUUAUAUUUACAGCCACAAUAAAAGAUAAAGCAGUAAUCAUAUAUCAACUGUAUAAAUCUCCUACAGAAUACAUACAUGUCAGUUUCAUGUUCAGAGGUGCAAUACAAAAACCGAGAGGAGGAACUCAGAAGUUCUUGAGAGCUCCUCUGCCUCAGUCUUUCAGUACGUUCGAUAACUUGAAGAAAGCACAGGUUUGCUUUGGUUUUUUCGCUAGGUCAGGUGUUUGCUGGAAAUUGAGUGUUUGAGGAAGGAAAGCGACGUGAGAUGUGUCUGACCACCGUUGCCAAGAAUCACAUGGCCCUUGGUCCGCUGAUGUUCGUUAAACCUUAACUCCUCCUUCCUCUGUCAUCACCUGUAAAUCUGCUGUACAGUACUGGUUUAAAGUCCCUUUCUCUCUGCCCUCCCAAGAGUACAUGAACAUCAGCCCCAUGGUCAUUUUCCUACCAUCAGUGCCCAUCAAUGGCCUUGGGCCUUUCUGCUAAGCAUUAGGUGCAUUAUAAAUCUGGGAGGCAAGGUGGUGAUUGAUUAAAUUAGUAACUAAUUUAGCUAAGGCAUCUUCAAGCUUUUGUGUCUGUGAAUACACCCCACUAGUCUGGCUAUUGUACAGUACGCUAGCAACCAAACGAUUACAGAGUAGUUUAUCACUUGAUCUUUGUGUUUUCCCCAGCUUCAUUUCAUUUCUACAUAAUUUACCAAUAAAUGUUUUUAUUAUUAUUUCUGUAACUCAUUUCUGCUCCAUAGAAAUCUAAUCAUUUUCUAAAACGAACAACAAAUCCUUUGCCAUAGUUUCCUGAUUUGAGCCUUUGCUUGCGGAGUUUGAAUAUGCUUUGUAGAGGAUUGUAGAAUGUAUUUUGUUAAAUUACUCCAGGCUGUAUUGCAUGCUUUUGGGUUGAAUUGAAGAAGGAGGCAUAGAGGUAGCUAGCUACCAGCACCAUUGCUUGGUUGAUCAAAUGUAACUCUCUGCUCAAAUGUAGACGGUUUGUGGUUUUGUGCCUGAUCGAUGUACAGAGGCGAGGGGAGAGAAGUAGUGCCUGUACUGGUGCGUCUUGCUUUGAAAAUAAAAACUCAAAAGGGAACGUUUAAAAUAAGAGGAGUACUCCUGUCUGCAACACUCCUCAAUAAGUAACGUUUGUUUGUUUGUGGAGGGUUGUGGAAAAAAAAAACACGGGCUUGUUUUGUCCAUAGAGUAGAUUUUCUUGAAAAGGGAUUUGGAAAGCAUGUAGAUUGAAUGUUAGUGUGGUUGGUCCUCGAGUAAGGCCUGUGCUGUAUUUGUGGACCACUGGUAAAGACACGGGGUCAGGCAGCUGUUUUCUCCAGGAGUGGUGUGUUGUGUCCUGGAACCCUUGCAAGUUAGUCCGAGAUUAGAAGUGCCAUAGAAUGCACCAUGGAAGGAAUUGGGCCUGGCCAUUUGUUAGAUUAUCUGAGUGCCCACUGUUCAUACUGGCAUGUACUUUUCCAUUAAGUGGUAAUUUAAAUUGAAUUUAACUGAAGACAGGGUUUUGGGACUGAAUAAAAUUAACUAAGCAUAGCCUGCAGGGUCUUGUUGACGAUUUCCUGAUUAUUUAUAUCUACUGUAGGCCUACGGUGUUUUCAUUUGUAUUGUUAAUUAACCGUACAUGGUUGAACACUUCAUUAAUUGUGAUGGGUAAAGAUCAUUUUCUCAAACACAGCAUUUUGCAGAUGUUUACUGCAUUUUUUAAAUUAAAAUAAUUCUUUUAAAUAAUCCCUGUAUUCUUUGUCGCUUCGGGGAACUCCUAAACCUGAGUAUUACUGGCUUGAAUAUUAUCCACAUCAGUUCCUAAACCAAAUGUACAAGAAAUCCUGCUGAUCCACAAUACCGAAUAUAUCUGAUGUUCAGAUGAGUUCAAUUAAAUCUUUUUAUCAAA